AGGCUCCUUAGCAAAACUGUCCGAAGCACUGAAUUCAUUUGUUUUCUAGCUUGGAGCUGGGCAGGCAGACUCGCUUUCCUUGCCUCUGCCUUCCCCAGCUCCAGUCUUGUCUCCCACGGCCCAUCUGUGCCCCUCCUUUCCUCCACCCCCUGUCCUCUCUGCUCCCCUUUAUUUCUACUCCCCACCCGCGUGGCGUUGCUUUCCCUCUCCCCCUCGGCGUGUCUGUAUUUGGAGCUUCCGGAAGCUGCCGGCGACUCUCCCCUGGAGCAGCGUGACUGACACAGACUCCCAUUCGGGGGGAGGAGGGAGGGAAAGAGAAGGGGAGGACGCGCGGGAGGAGGGUGCGAGUGGCCGAUCACGGAUUUGCAUCGACGAGGACAGGACCCCAGAGCAGCGAAGCAGAAUGGCAGACGUGCAGGAGCUGCUGCAGAGACUGGAGCGGGCUGUCAGCCGCCUGGAGGUGCUGUCUGCAGAGUCCCACAGGCCUCCUGGGGACUGCGGGGAAGUCAACGGUGUCAAUGGAGGUGUGGCACCCUCCGUGGAAGCCUUUGAUAAGCUGAUGAAUGGUAUGGUGGCCGAGUUUUUAAAGAACAGUAGGAUCCUUGCUGGUGAUGUGGAGACUCAUGCAGAGAUGGUGCACAGCGCUUUCCAGGCCCAGCGGGCUUUCCUUCUGAUGGCCUCCCAGUACCAACAGCCCCAAGAGAAUGAAGUGGCCACACUUCUGAAACCCAUAUCAGAAAAGAUUCAGGAAAUCCAAACUUUCAGAGAGAGAAACCGGGGGAGUAACAUGUUUAAUCAUCUUUCGGCCGUGAGCGAAAGCAUCCCUGCCCUCGGCUGGAUAGCUGUGUCCCCUAAACCCGGUCCUUAUGUCAAGGAGAUGAAUGAUGCUGCCACCUUUUACACUAACAGGGUCUUAAAGGACUACAAACACAGUGACUUACGCCACGUGGACUGGGUGAAGUCCUAUUUGAACAUUUGGAGUGAGCUUCAGGCAUACAUCAAGGAACACCAUACCACAGGCCUUACUUGGAGCCAAACAGGUCCGGUGGCAUCCGCAGCAUCAGCAUUCCCAGUCCUCUCCUCCGGGCCUGGCCUUUCUCCACCCCCUCCUCCUCCGCCUCCUCCAGGGCCACCUCCCCCUUUUGAGAAUGAAAGCAGAAAAGAGGAGUCCUCUCCUUCACGCUCAGCUUUAUUUGCCCAGCUUAACCAGGGAGAAGCGAUUACAAAAGGGCUCCGGCAUGUGACAGAUGACCAGAAGACACACAAGAAUCCCAACCUGCGGGCUCAAGGAGGGCAAACGCCAUCUCCAACCAAAAGCCACACUCCAAGUCCCACGUCUCCCAAAUCUCAUCUUCCUCAGAAACAUGCUCCUGUGUUCGAGCUGGAAGGAAAGAAAUGGAGAGUGGAGUACCAAGAGGACAGGAAUGACCUCGUGAUUUCAGAAACUGAGCUGAAACAAGUGGCUUACAUUUUCAAAUGCGACAAAUCAACUCUCCAGAUAAAAGGGAAAGUAAACUCCAUUACCAUUGAUAACUGUAAGAAGUUUGGCCUGGUGUUCGACAAUGUGGUAGGCAUUGUAGAAGUGAUCAACUCCAGGGACAUUCAAAUCCAGGUAAUGGGGAGAGUGCCAACAAUUUCCAUUAAUAAGACAGAAGGAUGCCACAUAUACCUCAGUGAAGAUGCAUUAGACUGUGCAAUUGUGAGUGCCAAGUCAUCUGAAAUGAAUAUACUUAUCCCUCAGGAUGGUGAUUAUAGAGAAUUUCCCGUUCCUGAACAGUUCAAGACAGCAUGGGAUGGAUCCAAGUUGGUCACUGAGCCUGCAGAAAUUAUGGGCUAACUCCCGAGAGAUCGUACCACCUCACCUGAAUCCCUUCAAUCAAACAAACAAAAAAGCAGCAUUUAAGAGCUAAAAGUCGCAGUAGCACCUACUGCUUUAGUUUUGGCCUCCAACAAUUCUGUGCCAGAGGAACGCCCUCGUUUUUGGCAUGCUUUCGUGGGCAUUUGAAGCAUUUAACGAGUCUUCCUGAUUUGCCUUUGUGUGUGAUUUUAGUUCCACAUGAUGGCUUUUGAGUAUUACAGAUUUAAAGGGGAAAAAAAAGAAUCCUGUUACCCUCAUAUCAUGAACACAGUAACUGAUAGCUAAAAAUACUGCAUGAUUCGCUUCGACACUUAUGUUUAAUUGCUAGUUGAAAAAUAAAACCUUUGAGAAUCUAAGAUGUACAUUUUUAUCUUCUAGAAUAAUUUCAAUAUGAUAUAGUAGUAGUGUGCUCUGAAAUAUGUACAAUAUUUUUUCUUAUUUUUACCACAUGUUCACCUUCAUUGGUGUGGAUACACUGUCAGCAUGAAUACAUAUUUCAACUCACACUUUUAUAAAAACAUAAGAAAAUUCCAUAUUCAGGACCAAAUUCAGUUUCUUGGUCCUUGGAAAACCUAUAUUCUUUAUAGUUGCUAAAAACGAAUUCUAAUUGUUCAUCUGAAAUAUUUUCCCAUCUUGUCAUUUGAAAACUCUUACUUUUCUGCAUAAGAGAUUCUUGCACCAAAAGGUUGAUGGGCAGAAGCAGGGGGUUUUUGGUAUAUAAUACAUGGGUACCUUGCAAUUUUCUUCUAAGAUCAAACUCAAUUUUUUUCCAACUUUAAACCUGUUAAAUAUCAGAUGCCUUGUAGAUUAUGUCUUUAAUGCUUUAUUAUAGAUUAAUUUCUUCUUUUCCACCUACCAGACUUGCUAACCAGUCUCAAAAAUGAACAUGAAAAAGCCAUAGGCGUGUAACUCCUUCUAAAAUCUAAGGAAUUGUCUGUUGGUUUGGCUUGCUGCUCCUAUUUUGUAGUCUUGAUAGUACAUGCUUUUUCAACAUCAGAAUAACGAUGAUAUCCCUUUAUAUCUUUUCAGUACAUAGUGCUGAAAAAUCUGCAACUUCUUGGAUCACACUUAAUGAAUGAUAGUCUAAUGCUUGCGGACCCAAUACAAGCAUAUAUAUUGUGCCUAUUACAGCCUUUGGAAUACGUCAUUUCCGUUUUUUAAAUAUCUUCUAUAUCCAUAUAUAGUAUUCAAAUUAAUGCUCAUGUACCAAGGUUUUGCUAUAAAAGUUUUGUCUGGUAUGAAUGAUGUUGUGGCUUUAGUAAAUAUCAUUUUUCAACUGUAAACUUAUUCUGAAGUAAAGUAAAAUUUUAAUUGUUUAAA